AUGCCUGAAAACACUGGCAAGCCUGGUGUGACCAGGAAGAGUGCUUUCUCCUGUGAAGCAUGUCGAAAACGCAAGGUCAAAUGCAACGGAGCCAACCCCUCAUGCUCGCGAUGUACCGCACGUGGAGAAACCUGCGUCUAUAGCCUAACACCCACCUUGUCCUAUACAAAGACCCUUGAAGCUCGCGUGGCUGAGCUCGAAGCAACCAUCGCACAACUAAGAGGCGGCCAUGGGAAUGCGGAUGACGCGACAGGGCCACAGAACUCAGAGCAUCAACAACACCACCUCCAUCACCAGCAGAAAAAUAAUAUCGAGGAGUCCCAGCGGAGAGCGUCAGAAAACACCAGACCCCGCGAUGCGCGCGAUGCGCGCGAUGCCGACGACAACCAGCAUAUCCCGAGAGACUUGGUUAGAGGCAUUGACGGAUUGAAGGUUGGAGAUGAUGGACGCAUCUCUCUCUACGGCCCGACCAGCCUGUUCCAGCUGCCUAGCAGUCUGGCGCGAGAGAACACGGACGCGUUGUCUCCUGUUGCUUCAGAGCUCGAUAGCCGAAAAGAACGGCUCAUUAACAACGCGUGGAGGGAGAGGGCGUUUGAACAGUUGACUACCAUCCCUGACCCGUUCCAACACCUACUCGAUUCGCAUUGGUGCUGGGUGCAUCCGCUUUUCAACUUCGUUUAUCGGCCGGCAUUUACUCGCGACAUGAAAUUGAACGGCCCGUAUUUCUCUGAGAUUUUGUUGAAUGCCAUCCUUUCUCAUUCAAUGAGAUGGUGCAAGAACGAGCCGAAAAUAGCCAACCAGAUCAAAGAGCUUGACUGUGGAAACAGGUUUCUCGAUAAGGUCUGUUUCGGUUUGUUCAACUCUCUGAAGGCCGGUAAUGGCCAAAUACCCAUUGUGCAGUCACUGCUCCUUUUAAGCGCGGAAGAAUGCGGUCGCGGAAACAGGACCCAGGCUUGGCUAUACAGCGGCAUGGCAUUCAGGUUAGUUGAGGACCUAGGCAUCACGAUUGAUAGCAGAAAAUAUUCGAGCGUACGGUUCUCCGAUGAGGAUAUCGAGAUUCGCAAUCGCCUGUUCUGGACUUGUUACUUUUGGGACAAAUUGGUUUCUCUCUACUUUGGCAGGUCUCCUAUCAUUCAAGAUACUCCUGUCAGCCCCCCGCGGAUAUUGUUGGAUGACACGGCUGAAAUUGAGAUUUGGACGCCUCACGGUGUCGUUUUCCCCGAGGGCACACACUAUCCACCAACACAGUCCCAUGCAACCUCGUGCUUCAUGAAGAUGUGCUCCUUAACGGAAAUCCUCAACCAGAUUAUAAUCCACAUAUACGACCCGGUCCGAAAAAGCACAGAAGCUGAAUUCCAGACCUGCCUCGUUCAACAAAGUAGCAGUCUCGAAAGGUGGUGGGAUGAGCUUCCCGUUUUUCUAAAACUCAUCAUUGACAACCUCCCGCCCUACUCUCCGCCAAGCCAUAUUGUUACUCUAAACUGCAUCUAUCACACGACGAAUAUUCUCCUCCACAGGCCAGCCCUGUGUUCCAGGCCAUUUCGGGGCGCUGCCGAAGAAACUCACAAUGGGAAACCGCUGGUCCAAUGCGUAUCGUCCGCUACAUCCAUACUCGCCCUCUACGAUCUCUACCGGCGCACAUUCGGAGACGGACAUGUCCUCUUAUCCAUGGCCUACAGCGUCUACACCGCCGCAUCAAUAUUCCUGCUCGAAAUCCAGGCGUUGAGAUACGCCUCCCCGCAGACACUGGAUAAAUUGAGAUUCUGCGUGGCUGCCUUAAAUCGCGUUACAAUAACUAAUCCUGUGAUAAAAACCGCCCUCAACCUCAUUGAACAAGAACUCGCAAAACUCGGCAUCGAUAUCCGCGACUCUUCGAACCGUGACACCCAACAUAUCUCGCUUGUCCGCAAAGCAGCAGACGUCUCCAGACCCCACAGCGACCAGCUCACUGCGUCGUCCUCAUCCCCAUCCACAAUACAGACGACUCAGUCCCCGCUUCUUUACACUGUCCCACCACAUGGCGCGUUCAGCUUCACGCCUCCCCCGCUGGCGAAACAGCGUGAGGAUGACGGCAACGCCAUGUUGACGGAUCCGGAUCCGUCGUUGGCGAUACCCGAUUCGCUGAAGCAGGAAGGGAUGUACGAGAUUGCGCCGGAGCUGUUCGAGGCCUUUUCGUAUGUGGAGCCGUUGUCGACUACUAUGGGUGGGAAGUUCGAGAUGGGAUGGGGAGAGGGAGAGGCCAUGUGA